AUGCCUCCCUGCACUCUCCACCUACUCACUCUCUCCCCCCCCUGGACCCCCUCCUCGCUCAUCUCCUCCCUCCGCAACGACCACAACCGCCAAAUCAUCGUCGCCUCACGCCCGCGCCAAACCAUCGUCCCCCCAACUCUCCUCGACAGUACCAUCCUCACCUCCAACUGGGACCUUCUCCUUCUCAUCCAGUCCCACCCCACCUCAAGCGAGCCCCCCAUCCCCGACGCCCUCAAAUCAGCCAUCCAAGCCGAAUACCGCGUCAAUGUCGGCAUCCCAUCGCGUCUGGUCUCCUCAUACGACGCCAAUGACACAGCCCUAAAACGCACUCCUCCCCCGCCCCUCACAGGCAGCCUCGACGCCCUGCUAUCUAACAAAGAUGCAACACCAUCUUCCUCCCAGAACUUGGAACUCUCGCCGGACCUCCUCCGCUUCAUGGAGACCUUACCCAAGACCCACCCGGGCCCAGUCACAAUGCUCAACCUCCUCCACUUCAACCACCCCGACGGCAAGAAGAGCUACGCGGAGUACGGGAAGGCGUUCGUGCCCGUCGCGCGCAAGAGAGGCGGCGCUGCAAAGCUAGUGGGGAAUGUUGUCCCCCCGCGGGAUGCAUCGUCCGUGGAUUCGCGGGGCAAACUGGAUAGACCUGGCGAGGAGUGGUGGAAUGAGAUCUCCAUCGUCCAUUAUCCGUCUAUUCGCCAUUUUUGUGAUAUGCUUGCUGGGGAGGAUUACCAGGCUGUUAAUGCGAGGUAUCGAUUACAGGCUUUGAAGGAUACUUUCCUCUUGUGUACGACUGAGUUUGACAUCGAGGAAGCGACCGCGAAGCUCUAGACUGGUUGCAUUUGUCACUGUGUCC